AUGUGGACAGGAUACAGAAGGACGAAGGAAUAUAACUUUAUCGUGAUCGAGGAGGUUAUGCAGCAGAAGGUGCCAAAGGUGCCUAGUAACGUCAAAGUCCAGCAACAACAAAGCUCUUCAUACAUCCGUAAAGGCAUAGCGGCGAAUUUCUUCAAGACAACCUUCAGCUCUAGAAACAAGGCGGUACCAACCGCCGUUUCGAAACCGAUCCAAGAAACUAACAAAAUAGGUAGCGCGGAGACUAAGCCUGUAACAAGAAAUAGGCCUAGAUUGGCAUCUACAACGGAAACCAAACUCAAGAGACGGAGUAGUGAUCGCAUUUUAAACCUUCGAAUUGAAAAACCCUUAGAACCUGCUAGGCCUCUGAGAACUAAAACUGCAACCCUAGAUCCAGGGGGGCCUAAAACACCUGACAAGCUUAAGAAUGACUUAGGUUCGAACGUUUUGAAUAUAAUUAAAAAAAACCCAGCACCGCCAAAACCGUCGAAAACUCCAGAUUCUGUGCUGCCGCCAACUUUGAAGCCGAAACUUGCAGAGAAAGUCAAAUUGAAACGUGAAAAAUAUGUAAACAAUAAUACUGUUUGGACGAACGCAAAUGUAGUUAAGAGUUUUUGUACUAGAAUUUGCGCUACCCACCUAAAAGGACCAAGUCAGGGGAAGCAGGAGGCGACUCUGAAAGGCGCCCCGUCGAUCUCCAGCCUCGACUCGAAACACCACAAAGUAGCCCCAGCUAGAGAAAAGACACUUAAAAUAUUCGGAUCCAAGGAGAAGCUACACAAAGCGCACAAAAAGAAGGAUCUAGGAAAUAACAAUGCGGUAUUGGAGGAUCCCGAACUGAGGGAAGGCUUAGAGUUCGAAGAUGGGCAGGUUAGAUCUCACGAUUACGACAGCGCAGAGGAGCUGGGGGUGGGUUCCGUAGACGAGCGAGGUUCCCAGGAGUGUGUCAGCCUACCGGUUACGCUAAACGCUGACCACAUGCCGGGCUUCCAGGAGGUCGAGCUCAGGCCCAGGGUUCCAUCUGAGGCAUCGCUAACAUCAGGUGUUCGUGAGUUAGAAUCGCUGAGGAGAGAACUGGAGGCGAGUGCGAUGGAGCGAGCACAAUUACAAGCACGCGUUGAUGAGCUACUGGAGCGGGCCAAUGAAGCGGAUAGAUUGCGGGCUGAACUUGAACGGCUCAAGAGCCAUGAGGGAGAGCGCGCGGCGGCGCUGGAGCGGCUGGCGGACGAGAACGGCGCGCUGCGGGCGCGCCUGCGCGGCGUCGCGCACUCGCCGCUGUCCGACAGCGAGAAGAGACAACUGCUGCUGGCGCCCGCGCCGCGCCGCAUGCACUCCUCCGCGCCCGCCUCCAUCGCGCUCGCGCACAACGGGGAAGGAGACAGUGGCGAGGCGACUACUCCGGAAUGGGACAAACAUUCGUCAUCGUCUCUCAGCGAGGUCUCCGUCGCUUGUCUGCAAGAUCGCAUCUUGCAAAUGGAAGAACACCAUUACAGUACAAGUGAAGAGCUACAAGCUACACUGGCCGAACUCGCCGACUUACAAUCGCAACUGGCCGACGCGCAGGCCGACAAUGAACGACUGGCCGACGAGAAGCAAGUCUUAUUGGAAUCUCUGUGUCGGCAAACAGAAAAACUAGAAGAUAGCCGAACAAAGGUUGACACAUUACAAGAACUGUUAAUGAGAGAAGGUGUAGAGCCUGAAACAGUUGUCUCUGGAGAUAUCGAUCAACAACUGUUCGCAGUUUUAAAGGUCUCACAAGAGGAACGAAGACUACUGCUAAGUAAACAAGAACAGCUUGAAGCGGAUCUUGCUGAAAUGAAAACGAAGCUAGAGGAGAAAACCAAAGAAAAUGAAACGCUUACUGAAAAGAUUAGGUCGUUGGAGCUGACCGCGGAGCGUUCAGAAGCGGAGCGAGCGCAGUGGGAGCAGGAGGCGGGCGCGGCGAGGGAGGCGGCCGCCGCGCGACAGCACCAGAUCACCGCGCUGGGGGACCUGCUGGCCGCCGCGCAGGCGCAGCUGGCGGGCGCGGCGGAGGGCGCGGCGGCGGCGGAGGCGGCGGCCGCGGCGGCGGCGCGGCGCGAGGCGGAGGCGGCCACGGCGCGCGCGCACGCGCUGUCGGAGCGGCUCGCGCACGCGCAGCGCCAGCUCGACCGCGCGCACUCCGACGCGCGCAAGCUGCACGACGACGCGCUGGUGUCGAGAAAUACAGCAAAGACUACGAUAUCGGAGCUGGAGUUCCAGUUGGAACAGUUGCGACAGGAGAAGACCGCGCUACAAGGUGAACUGGAAACUUUGCAGGAAAACUCUUCGGAACUACAGAUUCAAGUCCAAGUGGCGACAGAUGAGAAGCUAGCGCUGAUGAGUCGAGCGGGCGAGGCGCUGGCUCGGGCGGCCGAGCUGGAGAGGCAGCUGCAGGACGCGAGGGGCCGCCUGGCGCAGCUCGCGCGCGACCGCGAGAGGGACGAGGCUGAAUGGAAACAAUUCCAGAGCGACUUGCUCAUGACGGUUCGUGUCGCCAAUGACUUUAAGACAGAAGCCCAAAGAGAACUAGAAAGACUUGUAUCUGAGAAUAAAAACGCUAGAGACCGCAUUCGGAUGCUGGAAGACCAAAUUCACUCGCUUAAAGGUGUUGACAGUCAAGAAUCUAUGGAUAGUACGCAAAAUUAUUCCGACGGAAAAUGCUUAUCUAAAGAUUCCGAAAGCUUCGAUUCUAAUAGUGAUUAUUCUUCUAAAGAAGUUUUCAAAAAUAUACGAUCGCGAUAUUUAUCAAGAGUUCAUAGUGUUAAUGAACUUUCAAAGGACGUCAGUUUAGUAGAUCAAGCUUUUUUUAAAUUAAAGACUAAAACAAGUAUAUCAAAAGAUUCGGAUAGCUUUGACGUUAGCGGUACGGACUUAACAUUUGAAAUCGAAAACGUGACACUGGAUGAAACAAAUGAUGAUGAUAGUAAUAAAAGUAGUUUAGAAAGUACAGAUGAUUAUCGGGGCAAAGUUGUAGCUGAAGCCAUUCUUCCUUCCUUUGAAACCAAAGAAAUAAAGCGGCAGCAAGCUAUCGAUUCUACUAAAAAAAAGAUUGUCCGUCAGAACGCUAUAGAUGAUUUCGUCGAUUCAGUAAAUGAUAAUAUUAAAUACAAUUCAAGCUUUGAUUCUAAGGAUAUCAAAAACGUAGGGUAUAAUAGUAUUUUUAACAAGAACCUCUCAAACUUAUAUCGUGGUAAAUUUAAAUCCUUUAGUACAGAUAAUCUUAAUAGUAACGGAGAGUUUAAAAAUGGCCUUAAUGAGGCUACUACUAGUCUGGAAUUUGUAGAUGAGACGUCUAAUGUAAGUGAAACAUCUUUGUUCAGUGAAGAAUCCGAUAGCGUUUUCUUAUCUCCGUUGGAAGAAAAUAAUAAUGUAUCAAGUUUAAGCGAUAAAAAGUCAAAUAAAAGCUCUAAUGUACCAGAAACCGACAAAGAGAACCCUCCCGAAAACGUUGAUGCAACUAACUCAAAUCUACCUGUUGUGAAAGCUGAGAAUAUUCUUCCAUUCCCAUAUCCGGAUGACAUAAGGUCUAAAAGACAAUCUGAUGAUAUUUUCGCUCAGCCUUCAAAUAAUUUUACUCGACUAGAUGGAACGAUAGAAAAUGAUUUUAAAAAGGUCAGUGAAGAAUUACAAGUCAAUUUUAAAGCGGCUUUAGAAAGAAUAAGCGGUAACGCCAAUGAUUCUAACAAUUUAUCUGAUACAAUUGCAGUUCAGAUACAACAACAUGAAAUAGUUGUAAAUACAGAUGUUACAGAUAAUAUAAGGCCUAUUAAACGUUUAUCAACAUUUAAAGGGGAAGAAAAUAUUUUUGAGCAAACCGAAUCUAGUCCUAGUUCAAAAGAGGCCAAUGUUAAAGAUACCAUUGAUGUUAAAUCUAACCAAGAAAAUAAAAAAGAAACUUUAGAGGUUACAGAAAAAGAUAGUAGACAAAGUCAACAAGAUAAUUAUAUGUUAAAAGUUGAUAGUAAAAAGAUGAAUUACGAAAAAGCAACAGAAAUGAAAGAAAAUAAUGUAAAAAGCACAAAUAAUGCAAAGUCUACCGAACAAAAUAAUUUAAAUGAUCUGAAAACAACAUCUGAACCGGCAAUCGAUGAUAACGUCAGUUAUCAUUUAAAAAUAAACACUGUCACUGAUUUAACAUCUCCAGUCUUAUCUAACUCUAUAGAUACACAGAAAACUAAUUCAACUGAGAGAAAAAAUAAGGUUCAAACUAUCUUGUCUCCAAUUAAAAUAGUAAACUCAAAUAUCGACCAUGCAUCAUCUCCGAUAAUACUAAGUCCUGUCUUAAUUCGGCCAAUAUUUUUUAAACCUAAUACAUCAGUUGUAGAACAAAGUUCGACAAGCGAUACUAAAAAGGGAACGGUGUAUUAUGAUGAUAUUGAUCAAGUGAUUACUAAAGAAAGUCCGGUAACGAGCGACGUAAAAACAACAGAUACUGAAAGUAAACGUAAGGGUAUUUAUCAGAAAAAUACUAAAUUGAAACCACUUCCAUUUCUCUCUCCGAAGAAGUUUGGUUCCAACGAAAAUGUGAUGGAAUCAAAACCGCCCACCCCAGCUAAAAGUCCCCCUAAAACAGUAGUUAGGUUAUCGAAAUCUCCAGAAUGGUUAGUCGACAAUCAAUACUACCAACCUAUGGAAAACGUGCCGUUUGUUAUAAACACAGUGCAGACAUUUGUCAAAGAAACUCCACUUAAACCGGAACGGCAAUCAAAACAAGUCAAAGAAGAUCCUGUUAAAAUAUUCUCUGAUCAAACAAAGAAAGUACAGGAACCGGAAAAUUAUUACGAAGAAAUCGGGGAACCGGUAAAAUCGAAUCAGCCUAUUAAUGCUGCAGAUGACGAAAAGAUAUCAAAUAAAAUACCAUCAGAUGAGGAUUUCACUGACCUCACUCGUGAGGAAUUACUAAAAGUACCAAGGAAACCAAAGAGAACGAAGAAACACGAUUCAAAAAUAUUUAGUAAACCAAAAGAGAGUGAGAGUGCAGAAAAAGAAGUAUCUAGUAUAACUAAAUCAGUUAUAUCUCUAUCACGAUCACCAAGUGCAAAAGAUAUGACCAAAUCUAAAUCUGUCGGUGAUAUUGUUCAAAGUUUGUCCAAAAAUCUGACUGAAGCGAAACCAGAAGCACCGAUGAGGAAGUAUUCUCUCCAAAGUCAAAGUUCGCCCAACACAGAAGUAGAAACCGGUUCUCUUCCCCAUCUCCGAAAGACCUAUCACUGGAAGACGUUGGAGCACAAACGACUAUCACACCCAAUAAGAUCAUUAAACGACACGUCAUCCUCAAGACUUCUACCUCCUCGGACAGAAGAAACGCCGACCCCUCCACCGCUACUGUCGAGCGCGUCCCUACAGGACAUCAUGGCCACUGCCGCUUCCCAUAGACGAACUAAAGGUGUAAGUCGGCAAGAUUCGCGUCUGUCAGUGAAAUCGCUCAUCGAAAGUAUAGAAAACGCAGCGAAGGCGGCCAAACAGUCGCCGGCUACAACCCCAGUCACCGAAUGGCCACAGGUGCCGCCGGCGGCGAGCGCGCCGGCCGCGGCCCCGAGCGGCGCGCCGGAGCCGGCCGCCGGCACCCGGCCCGCCGCGCGCGCCGCCGCCGUAUUCUUGAUAUUAAACAACCAUUGUAACAAAAAAAAAAAUGAUAAAACUGACACAAAGUACGGUGUGUAUGGCUUGUUGAUGUGUCUAACGCGCGGGGCAGACUCUGCGGCGAGUGGCGCCAACAUGGCCAACAUGGCCAACAUGGCCAACAUGACCAAUAUGCCAGACGAGCAACGCGCACUCGCCACUCUGCAACAGAAGGCCAUCGAAUCGUUCGUGCGGAGGAACAGCUACGGGGAUAUAUGUGAGAGAAAAGAUCCAUUGAACGCGUUACAAGUGAAGAACGGCGGGUCGAAACGCAACGCGCUUCUCAAGUGGUGCCAGCAGAAGACGACGGGAUACAACAACAUUGAUAUCACUAAUUUCAGCUCGUCGUGGAACGACGGGCUGGCGCUGUGCGCGCUGCUGCACUCGUACCUGGGCGAGGCGCGCGUGCCGUACGCGUCGCUGGCGCCGCACGACAAGCGCACCAACUUCGCCGUCGCCUUCGCCGCCGCGGAGGCCGUCGGGGUGCCCACCACGCUGAACAUUCAAGAUAUGAUACAGCAGGAGAGACCAGACUGGCAGCAGGUGAUGGCGUACGUAACGAGUAUUUACAAACACUUCGAGACGUAGACUCUAUUGAGGUAGACAUAAAGACCAAAUUUGAGUAAAUGUUCCGAUUCCUAUACUAACUAAUCAACGUACUUUUAGUCUCAAAAUGAUUUUUUAUCACUGUAUGGAUUAAAGAAAAAUUGUGUUUUUUAUAGGAGUUGACUUGAGAAAAUCCAGAAUGUUCGAUUUUAACGAUGCCAAUGAGGCAGUUUUAUAGGUUGUGUAAAAUAAUUUAACAUUCCUGUAAGGAUAAAGAUGCCAAUCGCAAUAACUAUAAGAGUACUAGCAUAAAAGGCUUAUGAUCAAGUUUGUAACAACCUCAAAAGUUUGUAAUAUUGUUUCAUUCUCAAACAGUUAAUCUAAAAGUAAACGCGUGAAGAAAAAUUGAAAGAAAAGAAAUCCCUUUUUUGUCUUCCAAAAUGUUGUCGUAAUUAUUAAUGUAUUACGAUUUUAAAUAUUGCGAUUGCAUUAUCGUGUGAUAGUUUGAAAGGUGUCCGCCAUUUUGUGAGAUUUGACUUUCGAGUCGCACGAGGAAUUGAUAGCCGUCUUUCCGUAUGAAGACUGAUUUGAUAGAUUAGUGAGAGGGAUCGUUUUGUAAGCAUUACUUUUUAAUAACAAAUGCCAGGGGUUAAUGACCUUAUGACAUGUCAUUUAUUUGUCGAUGGCACUUUUGCCUCAUUGUCGCUUAUGUGUCACUGUGUGUUUUACUUUUUUCCUCUUCUCCAUUCUACGUGACAUUAUUAUUGUUAUUUUUUUCGCCUUAGUGUCAUUCGCCUCAGUAUUUCACAUGUAAAAUGUUAUUAACCCCUGUAAUUCGUUAAGGUGUGUACACAUAAACAUAUUAUUAAGAAAACCUACAUAUUUAAUUGUUAAAAAAAAACAUAAUUUAAUUUUUUCACAAAAAAUGUUUUGUAGUUUGGUUCCUUCAGUCAAAAGACGAUUGGUUUUGCUUACACUUUAAGAGCAGUCCUUUUUUAUUAUAUAAUCAAUUUUUUCUUUGUAUGUAUAAUAUAUUUUUUUUCGUUUGUUGUUAAAUUGUAUGAUUAUAAAUGUGUAUACACCAUUAAAAAGGUUAGAGUAAGAUAGAGUUAGUAACGCCUUAGAAUGUACCGAAGGGCCUUGGUUUUGUAUAGGAGAAUAUAUUUUGUGCUGCUAAGUAUAGGGUUUAUAAUCUUGUCUCACUAGCCGUCUCUUUCAUAUUACUAACGAGUGACAGAGAUAAAAAAAAUCGUUUAACAUUUUUAAUAUGCAUUUAAAUAUAAUAAUAGACUUUCUUAAAUGAAUAAUCUGCCUUUGAUGUCUAUAUCCAAUUUAAUGCCUUAUUACAAUAAUUAUAACUUUAAAGAUUUUAACAAUAAAAUUUUACAACGCAUAGAGAAGAUAUAUGUUAAAACUCUUUUGAAACGUUUGUAAAAUUUUAUUGCUGAAAUAAUUAUGUAUUCAUUAUCUUCGAAAGUAAGCCGCUGCACCAAUUAAAAUAUAAUAAUCAAAUUUUAAAUUUUUUUUCGUCUCUAAACUUUGUAUCUCAUACGUAGAACACGUCAAAAAGCUUAGUAUGAAACUUCAUGGACGGAGAAGAGUUGUGAAUGACGCCGUAUACAUUUUCCAAUAUGUUUAUGUGUUAAUAUUUCGUCUAAAGUUAUCUAACGUAUAAUGACUGUUAUGUACCUAGUUAUUCAAAUUUACACAACUUGGAAAACAAAAGCUGCUCUAAGCUGACUUUAUGUAAAAAAUAUUGUCUAUGGCCGGUCUAUUUUGUACUUUUUUUUAAAAUCUUUUAUGUUGUUUUUUUUAAUUAUGAUUCGUGACAGAUUUGUGAUAUAAAUAAAGAUUUAGGUUAUAUUAGGAUGCACACGGAAUUUUUGUAAUGAAUUGUAAAUUAUAAUAUUUCUUUUGUAUCAAUAUACCAAGUCUUUGCUUUAUCAAAGAUUUCGCUCGUUACUUUAAAGUAUUUAAAAUAAUGAAAUUAAAUUACUUAUUUAAUUACAAAAUGUUCUCCCAUUUUAUCAAUGGAUUAGACAGCUCUAAAUGAGUGAAAGAAAAAGCCGAUACUUCAUAUUUAUUCUUGUAUUUCUCUCAAAUAGUGUCGUCUCUUUCAUACAAUUGACAUUAGUCCUUGUUUUGUGACAUUUAUAGAUAAAAUAUUUAUCAAUAUUAUCUUUUAUAUGUAUUGUAAUAAGGUCGAAUUUGCCUUUGAUUAAUAUUAUAGCUAUAAAUGCUCGCCAUAUGAUAUAAAACGAGUAAUACAUAUUCGCAACGUGACUGCUGUUUGUUGAAGCUAUAUAGAAUAAUUAUCUAUUUUCAGAUACGCGUAUUAUUGUAAAUAUAGCUAAAAUAAAGUUCCUGGUUUAUUUUGAAA